UGGGACCUUUCCUUGUCAUUGUCUAUUGUCUGUGGAAAUAAAUUUGAAUUUUAAAUAAAAUCCAGGGACUAAAGAGGCAAGUAGCAGAGUAGAAAUAUAUGUGAAUAGACGGACAGCGUCUAGCACGUUUCAUUACCAUGGAGGCCUCGGGGAUGUUUCCAGAAAUGUCAUUGAGAAGAGAAAGAGACCAGAGUCACCUUCCAAGACAUAUGUAGGGAGCUGACGAAGCAUUCGAGGCUGCUGCAGGAAUGCUCAAGGCCACAGAUUUUUAGCUGAGACAAUCGAGAAGCUGACAACUGAAAUACAGAAACUGACAGAACGAAUUGAAAAUAAAAACAGGAAAAGAGGCCGACGGCUAUGUCCUCGUUUGCGUCUUCUUCAGACGUGGGGGAGGACAUAAUGGUGUCGAGCUCCCUGGACUCGGUAUCCGAAUGGAAGGGAAAAGUUAAUAAAUCUGAAAUUCCACGCGAUCAGCUGGAAUUUUCAAGGCCUUGUGACAACCUGGAAUAUUGUCCCAUAGGAGCGGAACUUUCAAGUUUGAACUGUCGUGAGUGCGCAUGGAAAUAUGGUUGCAUUUUCACUACUUGUAGAAUGGCGUUGCACACUCUGGAGUCUCUAUUAUUCAAUGGUUAUGGAAACCCUUGUACCUAGAUGUAAGACCAAAGAGUAGAAUGAG